UCCACUAAAUGCCCACAUCCAGGAGAUGUUAAGGAUUGUGUUUUCAUUGGAGUGCAGUUGCUAUUCUGUAAUAUUAACAACUGGGUCAGAGUUCUGCAGGAGGAGAGGAUACAGCUUCUGUCAAGGAACCGACUUUUAAUUGCUACAGCUGAUGCUCUGAAGGCAAGAUCGAGCUGGUAAAACCUCCUUCUAAACCAGGUUUUCACCAAAAUAAGCUCAGCAGGAGGAUGGGAACUGCUUGAGAAUUCCCAGCAAUGCUGGUCCGUGGCUUUCCAGCCUUUCACUCCCCAGGAAAGCGGCCAAGCAAGGGCGGGUGAUCGCGGUUCUCCGUGAGGGCAGCGGGAGGAGCAGCUCGCCAUGCCCACGGUGGUGGUGAUGGACGUGUCCCUGUCCAUGACCCGGCCCGUGGCCGUGGAGGGCUCCGAGGAGUAUCAGCGCAAGCACCUGGCGGCCCACGGGCUCACUAUGCUCUUCGAGCACAUGGCCACCAACUACAAGCUGGAGUUCACGGCCCUCGUGGUGUUCUCAUCGCUCUGGGAGCUGAUGGUGCCCUUUACGAGGGACUACAACACGCUGCAGGAAGCCCUGAGUAACAUGGAUGAUUAUGACAAAACCUGCCUGGAGUCAGCACUGCUGGGGGUUUGCAACAUUGUCCAGCAGGAAUGGGGGGCAGCAAUUCCAUGCCAGGUUGUCCUUGUCACCGACGGCUGCCUGGGCAUCGGCCGCGGCUCCCUGCGCCACUCCCUGGCCACGCACAACCAGCGCAGCGACAGCAACCGCUUCCCGCUGCCCUUCCCCUUCCCGUCCAAGCUCUACGUCAUGUGCAUGGCCAACCUGGAAGAGCUUCAAAGCACAGAUUCCUUGGACUGCCUGGAAAGGCUCAUUGAUUUAAACAAUGGGGAAGGGCAGAUUUUCACCAUUGAUGGCCCCCUGUGCCUGAAGAAUGUGCAGUCAAUGUUUGGAAAGCUGAUAGACCUGGCUUAUACACCAUUCCAUGCUGUUCUCAAGUGUGGCCACUUAGCAUCUGAUGUGCAAGUAUUUCCCAGACCUGAGCCUUUCAUUAUAGAUGAGGAGAUAGACCCCAUUCCUAAAGCAAUUAAUACAGAUCUAGAAAUUGUUGGGUUUGUAGACAUAGCUGACAUUUCCAGCCCUCCUGUCUUGUCCAGACACUUGGUACUGCCCAUUGCACUUAACAGAGAAGGGGAUGAGGUGGGACCUGGGAUCACAGAUGACACCGAAGAUGAGAAUUCAGCAAAUCAGAUUGCUGGGAAAAUCCCCAACUUCUGUGUUUUAUUACAUGGCAGCCUCAAAGUGGAAGGCAUGGUGGCUGUCGUCCAGUUGGGGCCAGAGUGGUAUGGAAUGCUUUAUUCACAAGCUGAUAGCAAGAAGAAAUCAAACCUCAUGAUGUCACUCUUUGAGCCUGGUCCUGAGCCCCUGCCAUGGCUGGGGAAGAUGGCACAGCUUGGCCCCAUUUCAGAUGCAAAAGAAAAUCCUUAUGGGGAGGAUGACAACAAGAGCCCUUUCCCCUUGCAGCCCAAGAACAAGCGCAGCUACGCCCAGAAUGUCACAGUCUGGAUUAAACCAAGUGGCCUCCAGACAGAUGUACAGAAGAUCUUGAGAAAUGCAAGGAAACUCCCUGAAAAAACUCAGACCUUCUAUAAAGAGCUGAACCGUUUGCGGAAGGCAGCGCUGGCCUUCGGAUUCCUGGAGCUGCUGAAGGGCGUGGCGGACAUGCUGGAGAGGGAGUGCACCCUCCUCCCCGACACCGCCCACCCCGACGCCGCCUUCCAGCUCACCCACGCGGCACAGCAGCUCAAGGUGGCGAGCACCGGAGCCUCGGAAUACGCCGCCUACGACCACAACAUUGCCCCUCUACAGACAGACUUUUCCAGCAGCAGCACUGAGAGGAUGUGAAGCCUCCAUUUCGGGAGCUUCUCCAGGCUCGAGUGGUUCUGAUUGUCUUGUCCUGUUUACUUUCUAGGGCUGUUUAAUUACUGUUUGGAGAACUUCCUAUCCAAAGGGGGAUUUUGCAUCAGCGCUCUUUAAACAAACGUAGCGAGUUCGUGGUGGCUUUAGUCGGACCUGGAAACUGGGGAAAGUGUCCCAAGGCCAGUUAUGGUGUUGGAUGAUGGAAGUUAUUCAGUAAAAAAAUGCCGUUUGGGGCAGCUGGUGGCUUUUGGCCUCUCCAAAAUGCAGUUACUACGUAACUGAACUCGCUGGUAAGAGUAUCCUAAAAGGCAGCUACUCCACUUUAUAAUAAACUUCAUCAGUCCAAAGAAAAUGUGUGGGAAGCAAGAUCAGAGUCAGAGCUGAUUUCGGGGUGUUGGCCCUGGUUUUUAUACCCAGCCUGACAGCCAGCCUGUACUGCCAGAGCGAGUGUUAUCACUGGCACUGCAGUGCUUAUGCCUGUGAAAGUAACUUAAUCUUGGGGGACAGGUUUUUUUAUUUGCAUAAUAUUAAUAAAGAGCAAUUCUUCAGGAAAAUUUAAGUUGGAUUUUUUUCCGUUUUCAGAGCGACCAGGCUGUGUGGCCUAAAACAGUGACCUGGUGAAGGCUCAGCUUGCAGCUCUUUAUCACAUGUCAAAUACCAAAUUAUACAACUCCUCAUGUGCAGGGAAAGAACAACUGAAGGAAAGCAAAAUUUGGUUGUAAAUCUUUAUUAAUAGAAACACAUUCUUGCUGAAGGACUAAAGUUCAGUAGUGUAAGAUCCAUGACAGCCUGCACUAGGUACCACAGUUUCACUGAUGGAUACAUAAGGAUUUCAUAACAGAAGUUUAAAUGCCCAGAGGAGAAAAUGGAAGUAUGAAAGUGAUCCUCGCUGUUCUGUUGCUCAGCUAGUUCAAUCCUUUGACAUACUUCAAACAUAGGUACAAUGUGUGCUAAGUGAAAGAUUGUGUAAGUAGUGCUCAGCUCUCCUGAGUAAAGUCAGCUGUGCUCUCCUAUGAGUGGGAGUCUGGAGUAUCCUCAAAGAGAACUUGGAUUACACCUCUUUUGAGAGAACACAAUUUGUGAAGUGCAGCGUGGAGCUUGAACAGGUACUUUGUUAAAGUCUCCUUAUAACAGUUUCCUUUCCUUUACAGUAACAAUCACUGGGUCCAUAUCACAAACAUUACGCUGUUCGUUACUUUUUGUAUAGAAAAUAAUUUUUCUGGAGGAUUCCUGUGGUUUUACAGUAGAAAAAGACAACCAGUAACAUGGCACUAAGCUAAUGUGGACUGCUGGCAUUGCUUUGCAGUGCCUUGGGGCAGUGGCAGUUGGGAAACAACCUGUUCAUAACCACAGUACAGUUUAGAGUAAACUCUGUACACCUCUGAACUGGAUUAAGGAGGCCAGAGGGAUCUGGGAUCAGCUACGGGAGGCUCAGGGUGAGGGGCAUCCUGAAAUAAAGUCAACUGAAACAAAGGC